AGUACAUUUUUCAUCUCCACCUUUACCAGUAAAAAGUGUUUAAUCACAAGUGGUGAUACCCCUGUUCUAUAGUAUAUUAAGGCGAUACGCAAUAAGAGUUUAAUUGGCGUAAAAUUGUUUAAAUAUUUCAUAAUAACAUGUUUAUAAAAUAUUAAUAAUCCUUAAGAGCGAUUGAUGCGAUCUUAAAUAACUAAUAAAAAAUAUGUAUUGUAGUCAUUGUAAUAGAAUUUAAGUAACAAAACUACAAAAAUAUUGUAACGUUUUGAAUUUCUCCGCUUGUCGUGUUUAGGCUAUUGUCUAUCAAGUAUAUUUGAAAAGUGGAAAGUUAUGACUCUCGAACAUGAGAAUUAAACAAAUUUAGAAAUUUUAAUGAUCAAUUGAAAAUUUUAAUCAUUUAAAACAAGAAAGAUGUAUUCUCUGAUGUUAACUCUUAGAAAGAAGGAAUUAUUGUCUUCAGCAUUGAAAUAUGCUUUAGAACGUCAAUGUGUGAUUUCAAAUAAUAUAGGUUUUUCAAUGAGACCACAGAUCCGUCAUAUGUGUAAAGAUUUUGAUGAUACUCGUGUAAGCCUACAUCCAAGUAAUAUAUACCGUAAUUCUCCAAGAAUUAAUAAAAUCUUCAAACUAUUUCGCAUUAACAAAAGAAAAUAUCAAUUAAUAAGCUUAGGUUAUUUGUUAUAUGCAAACAUACUUGAAACAGUCGACUAUUCAACAUUUUACAAAGAUUUUAAUAUGCCCGACACAUUUUUCUCUUGGUUUUUAAUCACAGAAUUACAUGUUUGGAUGUUGAUGGUACGUUAUAUAAGUGAAGGGAACGAAGGUAAAUUUGUUAGAGAUAAUAUGUUGGAGUCUAUGUGGAAAGAUAUUGAUGUUAGAAUGACUAAAGUUUGUCCUAUGGAUGGAAGGACAAAAAGGAAACAAUUGGUAAAAUUAACGGGUCAGUUUUACUCUGCUCUCAUUCAUUACGAUGAAGGAAUUUUAUCAGAUGAUAAAGUAUUAGCUGCUGCACUCUGGACAAUAUUCUUUGUUGAAGAAUGUAAUAAUCCAGAGAUGAUCGAAAGACUUUUAAUUUAUGUGAGGAAGCAGAUGUAUUUAUUAGAUAAAAUACCAGAAGAUGACCUUAUGUGGAAUCCAUAUAUUAAGUGGAUGCAAUUGAAAAGUGUUAGAUAGAGUUUAUUAAUUUUACAAAUAUAUUUGUAAAUAUUAAUUAGAUAAAAUUCAUAUAAUAAACAUAUGUUACAACAAAACUUUAUUUC